GCCGUCCCGCCGGGCGCAUGGAGCGAGCGGAGCCGCCCGCGGCCGCCUACGAGCGGCGGGUGCUGCUGAGCGCCGCGCAGCACUGGUACCUGCGGGUCCGCCUGGAGCUGCCCGACGGCGCGGCGCGGCCCGGCGCCCCGCAGCUGAAGCAGUUGGUGGUGGCGGCGCUGCGGGAGCUGCACGGAGAGGUUGGGGCCGCUUUGCCUGUCGACGUCUUGGCGUACGAGGAGAAAAGUCUCUGCGCCAUCCUGAGAGUGAUUAGCAGUGGCCUCGUCAAGCUGUGGAGUGCUCUGACCCUGCAGGGCUCCUACCAGAACAGGCGCUGUGCCUUCCGGGUGCUGCAGACAUCUCCAUUUCUUCUCGCCUUAGCUGGGAACAGCAGGGAGCUGGUCUUGCACUGAGCGUGGCCGGUUGGACUGUCAGAAGGUCCUUGAGAUGUUGCUGCUCCUCAGGUGUGGGAUUUCUAGAGGGGAUUUCCGACACGGAGCUUCAACAAAGCUGGUGGUUACCAACCUGCUGCUUGGAUGUCCGUUGCUUCAGAAUUUACACAUAAAAGUUGGAGACAAAGCUGAACUUAGCAGAGUUUUUACACAGAAUGAUGUUGUUACUUUUUCUCAUUUAACAGGUGACACAAAUCCUUUGCAUUUAAGCGAAGAUUUUGCAAAGAAAACUAAAUUUGGUAGAACUGUUGUGCACGGAGUUUUGAUCAACGGACUUAUUUCUGCAGUUCUGGGCACUAAAAUGCCUGGGCAGGGCUGUGUGUUUCUUUCUCAGGAGAUUCGAUUUCCAGCUCCUCUGUAUACUGGAGAAGAAGUGAUAGCUGCAGUGCAAGUGAGACGGCUGAGGAGCUCCGUUGCACACAUCGCUGUAUCGUGUAAAGUCAGAGAGAGUGGGAAGACUGUUAUGGAAGGGGUGGUGAAAGUCAUGGUGCCAGCAAGCUCGAGCUGCUGAUCGUGUGUUACUUCACAGUAAAGACAGAAAUGUAUGCUUGGUUUUGA